GACAUGACGCGCGCUUCCUUGGCUGGCGUCGGACUUCUGUCGAUCCUUUUCACCUGUUCUUUAGCGGUGCAGUAUGAGGAGGACUACGAGGAUGUGACUGUGAACCAAAUGCUGGCUCCUAAAUCCCAGGAAACAGACACCACGGAAAUCCUCAAUAAUUUACUCAAAGAGUAUGACAAGAAGCUGAGGCCGGACAUUGGAGUGAAACCAAUUGUCAUAGAUGUGGAUAUAUUUGUGAACAGCAUCGGACCGGUGUCUUCAAUCAACAUGGAGUACCAAAUUGACAUCAUCUUCGCCCAGACGUGGACAGACAGCCGCCUCAGAUAUAACAGCACAAUGAAAAUACUGACCUUGAACAGCAACAUGGUUGGACUCAUUUGGCUGCCGGACACCAUCUUCAGAAACUCCAAGACCGCAGACUCCCAUUGGAUCACAAUGCCGAACCAGCUGCUCAGGAUAUGGAACGACGGAAAAAUACUUUACACCUUAAGGUUAACUAUAAAUGCUGAGUGCCAGCUGCAGCUACACAACUUUCCAAUGGACGAACACUCGUGCCCGCUCAUCUUCUCCAGCUACGGAUACUCGCAAGACGAGAUGAUUUACAAGUGGAGGAAGAACUCGGUGGAGGCGGCCGACCAGAAGUCCUGGCGUCUGUACCAGUUCAACUUCAUGGGCCUCAGAAACACAACGGACGUCAUAAAGACGACGGCGGGUGACUACGUGGUGAUGACGGUGUAUUUUGACCUGAGCAGACGGAUGGGCUACUUCACCAUCCAGACCUACAUCCCCUGCAUUCUCACCGUGGUUCUCUCCUGGGUUUCCUUCUGGAUCAAAAAGGACGCCACUCCGGCCAGAACGGCUCUAGGGAUAACCACAGUCCUCACCAUGACCACUCUGAGUAGUGUGGCCAGGACGUCGUUACCCAGAGUGUCUUACGUCACCGCCAUGGACCUUUUCGUCACCGUUUGCUUCCUGUUUGUCUUUGCUGCCUUGAUGGAGUACGCAACGUUAAAUUACUACUCAUACAGCAUUCGGAGGCCGAGCUACAUGGAACCUCAAAGGCUGAACUUCUCUGUGCUGGACGUGAGGCCUCCUCCGCACACCGUCAUCGCUCUAAACAACGCCAUGUACUGGCAGGAGUUCGAGGACGCCUGCGUCUACGAGUGUCUGGACGGGAAAGACUGCCAGAGCUUCUUUUGCUGCUUUGAAGAAUGCAAAGGAGGCGCUUGGAGAAGAGGAAGAGUCCACAUAGACCUACUGGAACUGGACGCGUACUCGCGUGUGUUUUUCCCCACAUCCUUUUUGCUGUUCAACAUUGUGUACUGGGUCGGAUAUCUCUACCUUUAAGUACAACGCACUCGGCAGAACUGGAAUCAAAAGUCAGAAGGUAAUGGCCGUUAGUAGUGAUGUAUUAUUUGUGACAGCAAAUAAGCUCUUUGGAAGGAUCUACCUGGAUAAGAGAGCAACAUCCGGCCUGUUUCUGCUGUGGGGGCGAGAAUCCAACACAGCAGAGUUUCCCUUUGUUUUGCUGUGUCGACUCAGAAAGGACUGUGGGGACAAACGGGCAGCGAGCCGCACACCGGGACUCCAGUCUGCUCAGGCAGGUAGACGGCUCUGUGUUGUAGGAAUACUGUUCUCCAGCCGUCGGUCGAGUCGAGCCGAUGAAAAUCCAAGGACACACAAACCGUUCCUAGUGCCUUCCUUUGGAGGGGUAGAUGCUAUCCGUAACAAUAAUCAGGGAGUUAUCGUUUAUAGAGUAGAUGGGAAGAGCCUGGAUUUGACUGAUUAUCAAUAAGUUUAUGAAGUAGUCACGUGGUACAAUAAACACACUUAUUGUUGGAAUAUCUUCACCGUUACUUUCAGCUAUUUGAUGGGACAAGCUAUGAGGUGUUACCCGAAUCAAGGUUUAAAAUUUUUGUAGUUAUAUUGGUUUUGCAGUCCUUUUAAAACCCUUUGUGUCCUAAAUUUAAAAUGUCCACCUGGAUAUUUUUACUCAUUUUAAUUCCACGCAGUUCUCUAAAUGUCCUGUGACUAAAAUAAAUUAUCGUAAUAACCCGAUAUUGGCUGGAAAGCGCAACGUCUCCCCUUUCAGAAACACUUGGAAUUUUUCAGAUAGCGCUACCGUGUGGAGGAAUUACGGUACUGCAAGUUUGGCUGGAUCACCGGCGCUCCGUUUAGGACUUUUAAUAAGAUGCCAGAGAAAGUUCCAGAGUAAUGUGUGUUUUCUCUGACGGUGUGGAUCACAGAAAAAUGCAGCUUGUCCCCUCCCCCACCUGUUACUGCACACUGCAGCUGGUUGAACGAAGGCUGUUACCAUUUUGCUUUUGCCUACAUGUAAGACAAACACCCAACACCAUUUGAUCCGCUUGGCGUCCCAUUAAUUUAACGCAGAUGGUCCAAUGAUAGCAGCUCAACUGUUAGACUUGAUAUAUUUAUUGGGUGUUUAUUCUAUAAACAAUAAUCGUAAUUAUAAGUAUGCUACUUCAGCAGAAGUAUAAAUAGUUGUUGCUUUUCCAUUUACGCACAAGCAGUUAUGUCAAGUUUUAUAUUUUAUAAAAAAAAUUUUUACAUUACUACAACAAUGAAUGCUGCUUUCUACCAUUUUUACUCUCUGUUAUAAUCCAUGUU